UGACCAGACACUCCUGCGCCACCUGAGCUGACUCUUUGCAUCAGGUAAAAUGCUGCUCUAAAUCCAUUUCCUGCUGCUGCUUUUGGUGUUGAAAAAGGACACUGAGCGCAGAGAGUAGGAUUUUUGUUGGGUCUCUGCACUGAGGGCAAUAUCAGGAAAGAUGUGCAGCAGCAACAGUGUUGUUCAGGCACAAAAACUGGUGGAUCAACUUCGGGUGGAGGCAAGCAUGGAAAGAAUCAAGAUCUCCCUGACAGCAGCGGACCUGGUCCAGUACUGUCAGGACCACAGGCGCAGUGACCCUCUGCUCACCGGGAUCGCUGCCUCUUCCAAUCCUUUCAAAGAUAAGAAGACCUGUGUGCUGCUUUGACACAGAUGGCCAACAUGUAACAGACUGCCAUGUGGACAAAUCACACCUGAGAGCGCAACCAAAGAUUUUCUGCUGUAGCAGACUUUUUUCCUACUUUUCCCCUUAAAGCAUCUCCUUUGAGGGUCAACACCAUGUAUACACCAGCUACUUCAGCUUGUGCAGCUAAAAUUGAAGACAGCACUGGGCAUAGGUUAGAAGGAAAUGUGAAGUACAGGCAAUGGUUUUAUGUUAACCUUUGACCUCAAACUUACAGCAGAAAGGAAUUACAGUGAACAAAUCCAGCCAGUAAUUCAGACACUAGACUCCAGUCCAUUUAAUGUCAUCUUCUGUGGAAACAGUCUUUCAGUGUGUUUAACAUAUGUAUUUGUCAAGUGCUGUGCAAAUGAUUUAUAGUUACAUUUAUCCAAACAAUUAAACUGUUAUAUAUUGAUUAAACUAACACAUACAUACACACACACACACACACACACACACACACAC